AUGCCUCGAGGUCGCAGUGUUAAACGAGGCUUCCGCCCAUCUCAUGCGUCGGCUCAAACAAUGCUUGUUCCAAGCCAUGCUGAAUGUGCUGCCACAAAUAAAGAUGAAGAGAUGAACGAACUUGACGAAACCAAAGCACCAAAAUUAAAUCCACCUAAAUCUAGCCCCAGCAAAAAGUCGGAUGAAUGUGGGGUAGAGAUUUAUGAAGACGACGACGAGCUUGAAGAUUCUGAGUUAGAAAACAAUACCACUGGGAGGCGUCUGGUCGAGGGUGAUAUCGAUGUGGAUGAUGCUGAAAGUGAAAGUGCAGAGGAUGAACCUGUUGAAGAAGAACCUGAAGAUACUCUGACGCCUGCUGAAAAAGCCUCGCAAAUUUGUCGCCUUCCUGCAAAAGAACUUUGUACAGAAGAAACUCAACUGUUCCCUUUUUUAGAAAGUUCUUCAAAUUCUUUAAAGGAGUCAUAUAUUGCUGUCCGAAACCUUGCCUGUUUAAUGUGGUCAGAAGACUCGUGUACACAGGUUACGCCUAAUAGGCUGUUCAUAUACGUGAUGAAUAAUAUGUCAGUCGAGAAUCUACGGGCGAUGAUCGAUUCUGGUUUGACUGCCCCUUUACCAGUACACCAAGGAUCCAACUCGUCUGCUUCUUCUGUUUGUGAGGAAAAUACUUCUGGUGUCGGUCGUGUCAGACAUAGCAAAGAGCUUUCUCGAUCUCUUCAACGCCAUCUAACAAGUUUAACUCUCCCAAGUAAUUACUCACCCUGGGGUACGCCUACUGCAAAAGCAAAUUUGGAACGGAUGACUUAUUUAGUUGUUUUGUUCUUGGAAAGAUAUGGAUAUAUCAACUUUGGCAUAUUUAAAGUUAUAUCUCCACCCUUAACACAUGUGAAUUCAUCUCGUACUGCUGAUCCUGCUACCACUGCAACUUUCCUAGGAUCGCCUAUGGAAAUAUUAGACAAAUCAGAUGUCCAACUAACACCCAGAAGAGCUGCAGCUGAGAAAGCUCUAGCAGCAACCCGUCGUGCUAGCAAUUCUCCUUCUGCCAGUACAUUACCACCUAGUUCAUCAUCUACGUCACUGACAACUCCUCAUUUUAUUAUAAUUGGUGCUGGUAUUUCUGGCCUAAUUGCAGCAAGACAACUGACUUAUUUUGGUGCCAAAGUUACUAUUUUAGAAUCUCGUGAUCGUGUUGGAGGUCGAAUAUGGACUUUUAGAAAAGGUGGAUAUCAAGCUGAACUUGGGGCCAUGGUUGUCACAGGUUUAUCUGCAAAUCCUGUAGCUAUAUUGGUACGUCAAUUAUCAUUAAAUUUGCUUCCAAUCAAUACCGAUUGCUCGCUAUAUGACUCACAAGGUCAUUUAAUAAACCGUGAUCUUGAUGAACAAAUUGAAGAAGAAUUCAAUCGUCUUCUAGGCACAGCUGCUUAUGUAUGCCAUUCUAAAGGAUUAGAUUCAUUAGUUCUUGAUUCGGGUGUUGAAAUCCCUUUAUCAUUAGGUCAAGUUAUUGAAUUGUUAAUUAAAUAUCAAGAAAAACAUAAAAUACAGUUGAAAAUAACACAUCGUAAAUUGAUCUCGCAAUUAUUAGAUCGUAAAAAUUCUCUAUUAGAUCAGAUGGUUAUUGAACGUAAAAAUAUUGAAGCAGCUUAUGAAAAGUGGCAUUCAGCAUCAAAAGCAUUAAAUAACCAAUCGUCACCAAUCCAUCAUUAUACUCAACAGUCUAAAACACAAAAUCCUACGCAAAAUAAAUCUCGUGUACGCAACGAUUCAUCAUCAUGUUCACCUCGUUCCAGUAGUACUGAACUAGAUGGAAAACUAGUCAUUGAAUCAGCUUCAUCAAAUGGAUCACAAAAAUCAGCUGAUAACAAUGCGGUAAGAUUAUCUUCCGCUACUGAUCUAUCUCAACGUCCUUCGUUACCAGUAUUUAAUGUUAGCGCUCAAUUCGAAGUUCGCCAGUUACUUAGUCAUUUACAUGAAGCUUGGAAAAAAUUUCAACCACUUCAAAUUGCCCUGUCUCAAGUCAAUAAGCAAUUAGAUAUAUUACUUCAAGAACCACCGAAAGAUAUGUAUUUAACCAAAGAAGAACGUUCUAUACUUGAUUGGCAUUUAGCUAAUUUGGAAUUUGCCAAUGCCACAGAAUUGCAUAAUUUAUCAUUACGUCAUUGGGAUCAAGAUGAUUUGUUUGAAUUAAGCGGUGAUCAUUGCGUAUUACAAGACGGUUACGGAUCAGUAACUGAUAAUUUAGCACAUUUUAUUACAUCUGGUCAGUCAUUAACAGUUGGAUUAAAACCUCGUGAUAAUCAUCUUACAUCUGUAAUAACAACAACAUCGUCAUCAAAUUCAUCCACUUAUAAACUUGGACCUGGUCAUAUUGAAUUGAAAAGUACAGUUAAACGUAUUUCUUACUCUAAUACAGGAGUUCAAGUGGAUGUCCUUAAUUCGGCAUUUAGUCAAGAUGAUUUAAUUGAAUAUGAAGCAGAUGCUUUAAUUUGUACUCUACCAUUAGGUAUCUUAAAAGAAAUUAUCCAACAAGAUAAUGAAACAACCAUGCAUCAAUCACAAAUUACAACAAAUGAAUCAUCUAAAAAUUGUCUUACAAAAUUAGUUGUACCACGUUUUGAGCCACGUUUGCCUGAUUGGAAAAUUUCAGCUAUUCAGCGUUUAGGAUUUGGUGUAUUGAAUAAGGUUGUACUUAUAUUUGAGAAGAGUUUUUGGGAUCGUUCACACAAUCUAUUUGGACAUGUGAAUGAAUCAACAAAUUCGCGUGGUGAAUUAUUUUUAUUCUGGUCAAUUACUGAUAAGCCUGUAUUGAUAGCGUUAAUUGCUGGUCGUGCUGCAUGUGAUUUAGAAAAUGAGAAAACUUCACCUACACGACGUCUAUCACCAGGAUCUAAAGGUCAAAACUCAUUAGUCAAUAAUUCUGCCACACCAACAUCUCAUCUAUUAGGUCGUGGACUUAAAGAACCUAUUAUUAUACGAGCUAUGCAAGUUCUUCGUGGUAUUUUCAGCCAAGAAGGUAGUAGUAGUGUUAGUAAUAAUAAUAAUAAUAACAGUAACAUUAGUAAUUGUAAUGGUGGAAUGCAUAGUAAUCAAGAAAAGAAGAAACUUAUUGUACCGAAUCCAAUUGAUGCAUAUGUCACGCGAUGGAGAACUGAUCCAUAUUCACGUGGUUCUUACUCAUAUGUUGCUGUUGGAGCCACAGGUGCUGAUUAUGAUAUUCUUGGUGAACCGGUUUAUUACUCUAGUAGUUCGAGUGAUGAAAAACAAACAACAACUCAUGCAUCUGAACAAUCUCAUGGAAUUUAUGAUAUUUCUAUGCCAACUAAUAAUCCUCGUAUAUUUUUCGCUGGUGAACAUACUUGCCGUUGUUAUCCAGCUACUGUGCAUGGUGCACUUUUAAGUGGUCUACGUGAAGCAGCUCGUGUAGCUAAUCAUUACUUUCCAGGUCAAACACCUGUACGUGCGUCAGGAUUUAAAUUAAAUACUUCACAGUCGACAAAUCUACACUUCUAA